ACCAUACAUGUAUAUAGGUAGAAGCAAGAUCCUUUUUCAACUCAAAUCUUCUUCUUCUUAAUUAUUUCCUCCAUUCUCAAUAUCCCUAACAUGGUUAGCGCAGAGGUUGCCCGGAACAUUAUCGGAAUCAUCGGAAAUGUCAUCUCCUUUUUCUUAUUUGCAUCGCCAAUACCAACUUUUGUCAGAAUUUACAAGAAGAAAUCAGUGGAGCAAUUUAAACCAGACCCUUAUAUAGCAUCAGCAAUGAACUGCAUGCUAUGGGUCUUCUAUGGCCUCCCAAUAGUUCAUCCAGAUAGCAUCCUUGUAGUCACCACUAACGGCACUGGACUCGUCUUGGAGCUCAUUUAUCUUACCAUCUUCUUCAUAUAUGCCAAGAAGAAAGGACAACUCAAAGUCAUUGGUUGGUUCAUUGUUGAGCUUGUAUUUUUGGGCAUAGUGGCGACAUGCACAUUGCUGUUAAGAAAAACACAUGAGCAGAGAUCUACUCUUGUUGGCAUCCUUUGUGUCGUUUUUGGAGGUUUAAUGUAUGCUUCGCCCCUAACAAUCAUGAGGAAGGUGAUUAAAACAAAGAGCGUCAAGUAUAUGCCCUUUUUUCUGUCACUUGCAAACUUUCUUAAUGGAGUUAUAUGGGUAGCAUAUGCCCUAAUUCGCUUUGAUCUCUAUAUCUUGAUUGGGAAUGGUUUUGGAGCAAUUUUUGGAACGAUACAGCUAAUUCUAUAUGCAUGCCAUUACAAAUCUACCCCAAGAGAUGAUGGCGGCGACGGGAAGCUAGCGGCGGAGCUGCAGCUCCCUACUCAUAGUGGAAAAACACGGCCGUAGCUUGUUCUCCGGCAACAAAUUUUCUGUUUUUAUAUUUUUUGGAUUGAUAAUUCAUGCAUUUAUGUUAUUUUCUUCUGUAAACAUAAUUAUAUAUAAUUUAUAAUUAUAAUAUCAUAUAAUAUUAUAAUUAUAUUAUUUUUAUUUAUAUCGUAGAAAAUAACAAGGUCUAUCUGUUUAGCACCUGUUAGGAAUAGCAAACAGAUUCACGGCCAUUUGUUUUUAUGUAGAUAAUUAGUUGAUUGUUGAAACAAUAAUAUUUUCAAAAUUCA